AUGGACAAUCAUUGUGAUAAAAUAUCAAACGCUGAGUGUUUCAACAAAAAAUGUCAAUGCAGGCGAGGGUACACAAAGUUCGGCCACCAGAAGUGCUUGCCCCUGAUUGGCGCAAACUGCACGGAACACAAAGAGUGUGCUGUCUACAAUUCGAACUGUGUUGACAAUAAGUGUCAAUGCUUGGAGACUUUUGUGUCGCAAUCCCAGUUUGAGUGGGUAUCGACUAUCCUUGACGUCAUUUGCUACAGUAACGAUGACUGUGAAAUUGUGAACACACACUGUUCAAGGUUUCAAUUCUGCGCUUGUAAUAAAAAUUACAUCACCAUAGACAGGAAAGUAUGUACUCCUAUUCUGGAAGCGUAUUGUACUAUUGACGCAACCUACACCAUUGAUAAUUCUGUUUGCGUUGACAAUACGUGUCAAUGUAGCCAAGGUUUUGUUCCAGGGCUGUACAAUGAUUGCGUACCAUCCACGUUAGGCGGUGCAUGUGGAACAAAUUAUGAUUGUAAGAACAUACCAAAUGCAAUUUGCAUUGACAAUAAAUGUGCGUGCAAACCCGACACAUUUGCAUUGACCCCGUUAGCCUGUACCCACUUGUUGAACACCGAUUGCUCGUCUUCCGACGAUUUCGGCAUCAACGAAUCUCACUGCUUUGAGAAUAAGUGUCAAUGCAUUUCUAAUUGGAUGGCAAUCACUAAUACGAUGUGCGCAAAUCGUUUGGGGCUGUAUUAUUGUGAUACUUCACUUUAUUGUGGCGGGCCGUGGAAUUCACAGUAUUUCCAGAACAGAUGUGUCUGCAACGCAAAUCAUACUGCUGUCAAUGACUUGACUUGCUUGUCAACUCUGGGCGGAAAUUGCUGGAGAGAUGAUCAAUGCAUGACAGAGAACACACAGUGCAUUGACUUUAAAUGUCAAUGCAAUCCCGGUUUUGUUUCUGUGGCUAUAAAUAUGUGCGUUAAAAGUUAA